AUGGCACCAAAGAGACGCGAACCGUAUGUAGGGCCAGGACCUAGAAGGGGAAGAAGAGAGGAAGUUCAGGACACCUCGGUUCCAAUACCUGAAGAGGAACAACCUGAACUUCAGGAGGAGGUUGGGGAUAUGCCCCAAACUAGCGAGGGGACAGUACCACAGCCAUCAAGAUCAAAAAGACGCCGAAUGAAGGCCAAGGCCCGAAGGCUGCUCGAGACACCCCCUACUACUCCCUUCUCCGAGGAGGCCCCAUCGGAUCCAACCCCGUGUACAGCAGUCCCACUAAACCAGCCAUUAGCCAUGCCCUCAGCAGAGAUGUUUCAGACGUUCAUGAUGACGUCGAUGGAAAAUCAGGCUCUGACGAACCAGAUGAUUCAGACCAUGAUGUCUAAUCAGUCAACAGGGCAAGGGGGCAAGGAUUCAGGGACUAUGACUGUGGAGUCCCGCUACUUGAGAGAUUUCCAGAGGCAUAAACCGCCUUCCUUUGAUGGAGGCAAGAUGGAUCCUAUUGCCGCUGAGAAUUGGCUAGAGGCCAUAGAAACGGCCUUCCAUUUUAUGAACUGCCCACCAAAGUAUGAAGUCCAUUGUGGGACAUAUAUGCUGAAAGGAGAAGCGCACUUCUGGUGGAAAGGUGCUCAGAAAACCAUAGUACCACAAGGAGAGUUUAUUACAUGGUGUCAGUUUAAAGACGCAUACCUCCACAAAUACUACCCAAUCACUGCCAGAGUGAAAAUGCAGGCCGCGUUCCUCGCAUUGAAACAGGGAGACAGAUCAGUGGGGGAUUAUGACUUGGAGUUCAAUAGGCUGGCAAGGUUUUCUCCAGCCUAUGUUAGUUCUGAGGAGUUGAAGGGCGAACGAUUUAUUGCUGGCCUGAGGGAAGAACUAAGGGGGAAUGUGGCAUCCCAGUCAUCCUUUGUCUAUACGAAAGCCCUUCAGGUGGCGACCCUGCUCGACUCGCCCCGUACCGACAAGCUUCAGUUAGGAAUAGCACAAUCAUCCCACACUGCGGCCCAGGGAAAGAGGGCAUACCCUAGCCACCCCAGAACUGGCAGACCACCCCGUGGCCGCACUGAUAGGCGAGGGAGAGCCCCGGUACGGAACAUGACUUUGUGCCCUAAUUGUCGGCGUCCUCACACGGGGGAAUGCAGAGCAGGAACAGGCGCCUGCUACAGAUGCGGUCAGGUAGGGCACUUUGCAGUGGAUUGCCCUCAGAGAAACGAUCAGCGUGUCAACCUGCCUGCAGUACAGCAUCAGAGGGGCCAAGCCGACCAACAUCAGCAGGGGCGAGCUGUAGCCCAUGCAACAACAGCCAGGCAAGCUGACCAGCCUGACGCGGUUGUCACAGGUACGCUACCCGUAUUUGGUCAUCUUGCAUUAGUAUUGUUUGAUUCGGGUUCGACGCAUUCAUUCGUAUCUGAAGAGUUUGUAGAGCUAGCACAGCUAGAGAAAGAACUUUUAGAGAUUACCCUAUCAGUGUCUACCCCUGCUCACGAGCUGUUGCUAGCUACCCAUAGGGUGAAGGGAGGUGGAGUAACGAUAGCAGGGCGUGUCAUCGAAGCUACACUGAUAGUGUUAAGGAUGCAAGACUUCGAUGUCAUCUUGGGUAUGGAUUGGCUAGGCGGGAAUCGCGUUUUGAUAGACUGCGAGACCCGAAUAGUGACUCUCAGGCUCCCGUCAGGGGACAUCUUUACCUACAAGGGAGCCACUUCCAAAGGUGUCCAGAGCGUCAUAACCUCGCUAAGGGCUAAGAAGUUGAUUCGUAGUGGCGCAAUUGCAUUCCUAGCCAGCGUGACCUUAGAUAAUAGUAACAAACAAAAAACCUCAUCGGUACACAUCGUCAGGGAGUUCGUAGAUGUCUUUCCGGAGGAUCUGCCGGGUUUGCCCCCAGCUAGGGAAGUCGAUUUUGGGAUCGAUUUAGAACCAGGAACGGUGCCGAUCUCCAAGGCACCUGUAGAACUCAGGGAAUUGAAGGAACAGUUAUAG